GGGUAGUCAUUGCCCCGAGGUUCCAAACGGGCAGUUGGCCGGGAGGGGGGCGGCUCCCGGGCUGAACCGGGGCACCUACGGCGAAGACCUCCCACCCAAGCGGACAGGGCGCUGCCCGAUGCUGGGAGACGGCCCCGCUCUGGGGAACGGCCCCCCGGGGGCCCAGGAGGGCCGAGGCCGCGGCCGGCGGGGCCGGAAGCCCCAGGAUGGGAUGGGCGUCCGCGGCCCGGCCUCCGACCCCCCGUCGCUGGAAGAAGGCGGCACGUUGACCUCCGGUGGGAGCGGAGCCCGGGCCCCUCGACCCCAGAUCACCGCUUCGCCCCAGGGUCCGGGCUGCGCCCUGGGCACCGGCGGUUCGCCAGCAGACAGCCGCAGCAGGGCAGGCCUGCUACGCCAGGUCUUCUGGCGGCUGAGGGGCGGUGGGCGGCAGGCAGCCCCCAGUGCCGGCGAGGCGGGCCGCUCCUGGACCGGCGGGGACCCCCCGGACCCCGGAGACCUGGUCCUCGGCCUCGUGCGCCAUCUGGUCAGCUUCCUGAGGUCCUGUCCGACGCGGACCAGCUUCCACGGCCUGAGGGAGCCCUGGGCCGCCAGCGCCCAGGAGUUUGAGAGGGUCUUCCGCCCCAACGAGUUCAGCCUGCUCCUGCCCCUCCCGCUGCCGGCGGGCGCGAGCUGCGGCGAGGUGGAUGGCUUCGGGGGCCUCUACCACCGCGUGGGCCUGGACCGGCCCUCGCGGACCUUCCCCUCGGCCUUCCUGCUGGACGAUGAGGUGACCGUGUCCCCGGGGAGGUUCGUCCAGGAGCUGCAAGCCCUCCUGAAGCUCUACCUCCACUCCUACACUGCCCCGCUGCCCGGCUGGCAGCUGAGGCUGGACCGGAAGAAACCCAACUGCCCGGCGCUGACCCUGGGGCUGCUGGACCAGCAGCUGGCCCAGGUGUUCUCCCUCCGCCUGGUCCCGGCCCUGGACAUCUCGGAGCCGGGACGCGGCGCGGGACGGCCGGUCCUGGAGGAGUGGCUGGGGGAACCCUGGUCCCGCCUGAACAAGACCCCUUACCUGGUGGCAAAGCAGGCCCCCGGACGGGAAAACAAAGAGACCUGGCAGAUUUCUUUCUUCUACCUGGAAAAGGAAAUUUUGAAGAGGUACAACCACCCACAGACGGGCUGUGAGGCUGCCAGCCCGUGUUGCCAGAAGGACUGCCUCUGGCUGCUGAGGAGCCUCCUGGAGACCCUAAAGCAGGCCCACCCCGUGGAGCUGGCCCCGCUGGACGCCUUCCACGCCAAGACCCUGGCGCUGCACCGCUGGCGGCUGGACGCCACCCGGCCGCCCCUGGACCCCGCCGCCUGCUUCCGGCGUCUCCUCGACGACUUCGUCGGGCGCGUGGAGCAGGCCAACCUGCCCCACGCCUUCCUCCCCCGCUGCAACCUCUUCUCCCCCAAGAACUUCCCCCCGGCCAAGCUGCGCUUCCUGCUGGAGCGCCUGAGGGCCCAGAGGGAGGCCGGCCUGCCGGACCUGCGGCCCCUCCUGGCCCGGCUGGAGGAGGCCGCUCCCCCGCCGGAGCCCGUGGCCGGCUGGGGCCUGUUCCUCCUCCUCCUCGUCCUCGCCACCGCGGCCGCUUCCUUCUUCCUGUCCUUGUGAGCCCACCUGGCCCGAGCCCCAGGCCGGGGACCGCCCGCCCGACGCCUCCGACCGAAGGCGGAGCCAAGCAGCCCCACGGAUGAUCGCGGGUGAGGGGCGGGAGCUGCCUCGGUCUUCCUCGCCACGAUUCUGGCCGCCGGUUGCCUUUUGAAAAGGAGCCAAAUAAAAUGGAAUUAUUAAGUUGC